GAGUCAGUCGCAGACUGGAGCGCAGCCCUGUACCGCGUGCGGCCGCUGCUCCGGUUCCCACCGACGUUUCGCAUUCCGCUUCGUCCGAUAUUUUGUUUAUAAUACGUCGAUCUCGCGUCGUUGCGUUGAUUUUUCUUUUAUUUUCUGGGCUCGUGUUGGACGACGAUCCACCAGAAUAGUCGAGUGUAUCGAAAGGAUAAGCCGUAGAGACUGUAAUAUCAUGAGGCAUCGCAAAAAAACGAACAGCUAGAGGAGCUUUUGUUUCGAAAGAGAGAGCCUCCCCGUGUGUUGUUGUUGUUGUUUUGUUUUUUAUUUUCUGUUGUUGUUUUGUUGCAUGCAGAUAUGAGUGACUCGACGGUGUACCACAGAGUAGUGUUUUUGUUAACGUAGCACGACGAAUGAUAUUGCAACGAGAGAUAGUGCGGACACUAGUGUGGCGUGUGAAUUAGUAGUAGUUCCGAAACACUGCGUUUAUAUGCGCAAAAGUACAAGAAGUCUAUACACGGCUCUCGCGAGUGCUGCAAAAAUAAGGAGAGAAGAGAACAGAAAGAAGAAGAAAAAAAAGGCCGCGGCAGCAGCAGCGGACGGCACACGCAUAAGCUUCGUAAAAACGAGAAGAGGAGGCUUAAAAGAGGGAUAUGUCAGCAUACGCGCAGUUCGGCUACUAUCCGACGGCUUCGCAGCUACUGGUGAGCGCCGGCCAGCCAACGACGGCCACGUCCCCGGCCAUGUCGUCGGCGGGUGCUCUCAGUCCCGGGGCGCUGUCGCCGGGCUCCUCGACGGCCACGACAGCCACGACGACCGGCGGCGGGAGCACCACGGCCGGAACCGGUGCCGCAGGCGGCACGAGCACACCGACGGCGGCGGCCGGGGCGACCGCCCCAGCGACCACGACGUCGACCGUUGGUGGUGGUGGCGGCGGCGGCUGCUGCGAGAAUGGCCGGCCCAUGAUGACGGACCCGGUGACCGGACAGACGGUCUGUUCGUGCCAGUACGACAGCGCGGCGAGGCUGGCCCUCGGCGCUUAUCCCAGACUGGGGCCCACUGCCAGUAGUUAUAGCACGUAUCCGACCCCGACUCCGACGAGCGCCGAGCAGGGUCCAUAUCCCAGCAUCGGCAUGGACAGUUCGGCUUUUUAUUCGCCACUGGGAAAUCCAUACGGACUGAAGGACGCGACGAGUAUGGGCAUGACUGCGGAUAUGGGCGCAGCGGCAGCCUGGGGUACAGCGGCUCUACAGCCAGCGGCCACUGGUUACUACCCCUAUGAUCCGACCCUCGCCGCCUAUGGGUACGGUGCUGGCUACGAUCUGGCGGCGCGGCGCAAGAACGCCACGAGAGAGUCCACGGCCACGCUCAAGGCCUGGCUGAACGAGCACAAGAAGAAUCCCUACCCGACCAAAGGCGAGAAGAUCAUGUUGGCCAUCAUCACGAAGAUGACGCUCACACAGGUCUCGACGUGGUUCGCCAAUGCCCGGAGACGGCUCAAAAAGGAGAACAAAAUGACGUGGGAGCCGAAGAACAAGACGGACGACGACGACGACGCGGCCCUCAGCGACUCCGAGGACAACAAGGACAAGGACGACAUGCAGGGCGUCGUCGACCAACAGAGGCAUCACGGCCAUCACCAGCAGCACCAGGACAACAGAAUCGGCGCCGACGAUCAUCAUCAUCAUCAUCACAGGCGAGGAUUAGACGACAAUGAACCCAUGCGUCACGUGAAAGCUGAACACAUGCAGCACGACAAAGAUCUCGACGACGACGACGAUCUGGACCUCGAGGACGAUCCACGUCGGGUUAACGAGCAGCAGCACUCCUACCACCACUCGAUCCACCACCCGCUGCACCAUCAUCAUCCCUACGGCCCGACAGACGAUCAUCAUCAUCUCAAGGACGACGUGAUCAAGUCCGACUGCGGCGCCGGUGUGCCGAUCCCGGCGACGAAGCCAAAAAUCUGGUCACUGGCCGACACAGCCGCCUGCAAAACGCCGCCACCGCCGCAUCACCAGUACCACAUACACCACCAUCCGCAGCAACAACAGCAGCAACAGCAACAGCAACUGACCCCGCAGCAACAACACUACAAUCAACAGCAACAGUCGCAACAUUUGCAACAGCAGCAGCAGCAGCAGCAGCAGCAGCAGCAGCAGCAUCAGCAACAGUCUCAUCAGCAUCCCCACCAUCACCUGUCGAGUCAAUCAAGCCACCAUCACUCGCAGCAACCUUGGCUGGGUAGCGGUGGCGGCGGUUCCGGCGUGGGGGACGCCAGCGGUCUGGGUAACUUCGCGCUGCCCAGCUCGGCCUCGAUGAGCCCGUCCAGCGCCGCGACCGCGCCCUACUCGAGCACGUCCGCGCGCUACGGCGGCUUCCUGUCCUCGUCCUCGGGCGGCCAGCUGCACUACAACCCAAACUCGACGUCGGGCUCGAGCGGCGCCUCAUCCUCGGCAGCGGCGGCGGGGUUUCCCGAGGUUGGUACGGAUACCCCGCCGCAGACGCCGCCCAAUAUGAAGGUGGCUACGCCGAACGGCGUGAUCCAGGGCCCUCCGACCGGGUACUGCCCUGGUGGCAGCAGCAGUAGUAACGGCAGCAGCAACAGCGCCAGUAAUCCCGCCGUCAAUCCCGGUCAUUACGGCUCGGCCUCCGCCAGUCACGCCGCGGCCGCCGCCGUCGCCGCGAGCUACAUGCAGCAGGCGCAGGGCAACGGCGCGCUCGGGCCCGGUCCCAACGGCAACGCCGCGAGCUACAACUCGAGGCUGCAGAACUCGCCGCACAAGGACUUCGGGGCGGUCACACCGACGCAGAACUCGAUGCUGCAUCAGCACCAGACCACUGCCAGUCUCCCGCCGACGGAAGCCACCACCGCUUUCAAACCGUUUUACAAAGGGUCACAAGCGGUUGGCGGUGGUUUCGUAUCACCUGUCUAAAACGACGCUGGGAUCAGCGCAGAGAGAUUCACGGCCGUCUACAAGGUUAACCCGCUAUUAUAACUUAUGAAGUGCAAAACGAAAAGAGCGAGCGAACGAGGAGAAAAAAAAGUGAAAUAUAUUGUGAUCAUCGGCAUGAAAACAACGUUGAUACCUGCCAACUGUCGCGCGCGCGACGCAAUUGACGAUGCAGACAGUGUAUUACGAUAAUAAUACGAAAAUCCUACCUCUCGCAUGAAAAAACGUCUCUUUUCUCGUAUGUAGCGCGAGAGUCGCGCAACGUGCGUCGCGAUUACGAGACACGAGCUAUAAUAUAUAUUAUAUAUAUAUAUAUACAGACUGAAGAUUACACUAUACAAUAUUACAAUUUAAAUGCGUGGUAAAUGCGGACGAAUAAAUGAGUGAGAGAUAAAUAAAUUAAGUCAACGCGACUCGUUAGAUGAAAGAAGAAAAAAUUUUUGA